GAAUUUAGUAGACAGAAGUCACUAGGAACGCCUUGACAGGAUCCGGCUUUAGCUGGGGCUCCCUCCAGCUGCGGAGGGUGUUUUUUGUUAGAAUCACAAACUGCCCAAGUAAAACUGCUCAGAAUAGAGCUGUGACCUCAACCACGAAAUGUGAACUCAUAUUUUGGAGACGCUAACAGGACGGACUUCUUCCUGGCCCGGCCCGAGAGCAGUGUCAAGCUUUGGCGUUGCGGCAGCCCCUGGUCUAGGUGGUGAAAUGACAAAAUUCACUCUCUUCAUUGAUCCAUGAAUAUGAAAUCAUCUUUCAUCAAAUUCAAUCUCCUUUGGCCUCAUAUGGAAUGUAUCUUCAUAUCUGUUGUUAAACUAUGAUGACAUGUCUGUAGCUAUCAGAAAGAGAAGCUGGGAAGAGCAUGUGACCCAGCAGACAGGACAGCCUUUUAAUUCUGAGGAUUAUAACACAGCAUGUCAUCAUGGGCUCGUAGCAUACAGCUUGCAGGCAAGUAUGGAAAAAGAUGCAACUGCCCUAAAUGUGGACUGCAAAGAGAAGUGGUCUUCCCUACCAGACUGCUGUCACGGAUCAGAGCUGAGAGAUUUUCCUGGAAAGCCAAUGGGUCACAUUUCAAACGAGGUGGAUGAAAGUGACAGCCAGGAAGGAGAAGAACACUUUCUAUGUCUGGAAGCCAGCACAGAAACACUGGUGCAUAUUUCUGAUGAGGACACUGACUCUGAUCUCCACGUUGCCAAUGAUGCACAGAUUUCAACUACCCAAAGGCAUGAAAGAACCAGCCAACACAGUGUUGAAGGAGCCGGCUCCUUAGUGAAAACACUGCCCGUCAUACAAAGGAACCAAGACUCCUGUCACUCCUGGGGGGAGACUGCACAAGAUUAUGAUCAGGCUCUUGCAGAUAAGAGUGGGGAGGGGCACGCUGAUGAUGCUAUAAGUAAAAGCCUGGAGUUUUGCAACAAUAUAAACUUGAGUGAAGAAAAAGAUUUGCCUGAAGUAAAUACAUUUGAGCCUUUGAAUGUUAAAGAUUUCACACCUGAGACACAAUUACUUAACUCUGCAGUCAUCGCCCAACAACGAAGGAAAGUGGACUUUCCUAAAGAUGAAUAUGAAGGAAACAGCUCUGUAGUACAAAAUGAGUUCUUGUCUGUUCAUUGCACGGAGAGAGAGCUGCCAUUAUUGAAAGCAGAUUGUGAGAGCUGCCUUCCACGGCCUCCUUCCUGUCCUGGUGGAAUGUCAGCUGAAAAUGACCUGGAGAAGAGUAGUUUCUCAGAACAUCAAAACAAAAGUCUUCCAGGGGUCAGCACAGAAGAUGGCAUGCAGUGUUUACAGUUAAAGGACUUGAUGACCACCCAGGAGCCCACAGAUAGCCAAGUCAGGCUGCGCAAGAAAAAGGAAACAAGAGAAGAUCGAGAUAGGGCACGGCUGGACUCCAUGGUGCUAUUAAUUAUGAAACUGGACCAACUGGACCAAGACAUUGAGAAUGCCCUCAGCACCGGCUCCUCUCCAUCCAGCACACCAACAAACCUGAGGCGGCAUGUGCCUGAUCUGGAAUCAGAACCUGAGAAUGGAACAGAUACUAUUUCCGUGAAUCAGACACAAACGAAUUUGUCUUCCAACGCUGAGCCACCUACUGGUCUGCCAUCUUUCACCCCAUCCACCAAUUCUGGAACCAAACCCAAGGCUACAGCUGUUCUAGGUAUUUCAGAGAAAGAAAAGGCUGAAAUUGAAGCCAAGGAAGCUUGUGAUUGGCUGCGGGCAACAGGUUUCCCCCAGUAUGCACAGCUUUAUGAAGAUUUCCUGUUCCCCAUUGAUAUUUCCUUGGUCAAGAGAGAGCAUGAUUUUCUGGACAGAGAUGCCAUUGAGGCUCUGUGCAGGCGUCUAAAUACUUUGAACAAGUGUGCAGUGAUGAAACUAGAAAUUAGUCCUCACAGGAAGAGGAGUGAGGAUUCAGACGAAGAUGAACCUUGUGCAAUAAGCGGCAAAUGGACUUUCCAAAGGGAUAGCAAGAGGUGGUCCCGGCUUGAGGAGUUUGAUGUCUUUUCUCCAAGGCAGGAUCCAAUCCCUGGGUCUCCAGAUGAUUCCCACCUGCAGAACGCCACCAGCCACGAAAGCAUGCUGACAGAGCUCAGCGAGCGCCAGGAGGUGUCUUCUGUCCGCAGCCUCAGCAGCAGCAGCAGUGCCCCCACACACGUGCCUCACGGUGGGGAUGCUGCCACGCCCCGGACUAACUCUGUCAUCAGCAUCUGCUCCUCCAGCCACUUUCUAGGCAAUGAUGACUCUUUCUGCAGUCUUCCUUCUCCCAAGGAACUGUCAAGCUUUAGCUUUAGUAUGAAAGGCCAUGAGAAAAACACCAAGUCCAAGACACGAAGCCUGCUGAAACGGAUGGAGAGCUUAAAGCUCAAGGGCUCCCAUCACAGCAAGCACAAGGCCCCCUCUAAGCUGGGACUGGUCAUCAGUGGGCCGGUUCUGCAGCAGGGGAUGGAUGAGGAGAAGCUGAAACAGCUGAACUGUGUGCAGAUUUCAGCCCUCAAUGGCAACCACAUCAACAUGCCCAUGGUACGCAAGAGGAGCGUGUCCAAUUCCACGCAGACCAGUAGUAGCAGCAGCCAGUCAGAGACAAGUAGUGCCGUUAGCACACCCAGCCCUGUCACUAGGACUCGCAGCCUUAGCACUUGCAACAAGCGGGUGGGCAUGUAUCUUGAGGGUUUUGAUCCUUUCAACCAGUCCACCUUCAACAGUGUGAUGGAGCAGAAUUUUAAAAACCGUGACUACCCAGAGGACACAGUGUUCUACAUUCCUGAAGAUCACAAGCCUGGCACCUUCCCCAAGGCCCUUUCCAACAGCAGUUUCUGUCCCUCGGGAAAUAACAGUUCUGUGAACUGGAGGACAGGAAGCUUCCAUGGCCCUGGCCAUCUCAGCCUGCGUAGGGAAAACAGUAAUGACAACCCGAAGGAGCUGAAGAGACGCAAUUCAUCUAGCUCCAUGAGCAGCCGCCUAAGCAUCUAUGACAACGUGCCAGGCUCCAUCCUCUAUUCCAGUUCAGGGGACCUGGCCGACCUAGAGAACGAAGACAUCUUCCCCGAGCUGGAUGACAUUCUCUACCAUGUAAAGGGGAUGCAACGGAUAGUGAACCAGUGGUCAGAGAAGUUUUCAGACGAGGGAGACUCCGACUCAGCCCUGGACUCCGUGUCUCCUUGCCCAUCAUCCCCAAAACAGAUACACCUAGAUGUGGACAAUGACCGAACAACACCUAGUGACCUGGACAGCACAGGGAACUCCCUCAAUGAGCCUGAAGAACCCACUGACAUCCCAGAAAGAAGGGACUCUGGGGUAGGGGCUUCCCUGACCAGGUGCAACAGGCACAGACUAAGAUGGCACAGUUUCCAGAGCUCUCACCGGCCGAGCCUAAACUCCGUAUCUCUGCAGAUUAACUGCCAGUCUGUGGCCCAGAUGAACCUACUGCAAAAAUACUCGCUCCUGAAGUUGACAGCUUUGCUGGAGAAGUACACACCUUCCAACAAGCAUGGUUUUAGCUGGGCUGUACCGAAGUUCAUGAAACGGAUCAAAGUUCCAGACUACAAGGACCGGAGUGUUUUUGGAGUCCCGCUGACAGUGAAUGUGCAACGCUCAGGACAGCCCUUGCCUCAAAGCAUCCAGCAGGCCAUGCGCUACCUCCGCAACCACUGUCUGGACCAGGUUGGGCUCUUCAGAAAAUCUGGUGUCAAAUCCCGGAUUCAGGCUCUGCGUCAGAUGAAUGAAAGUACUACAGAUUGUGUGAACUACGAAGGGCAGUCUGCUUAUGAUGUGGCAGACAUGUUGAAGCAGUAUUUCCGAGAUCUUCCUGAGCCACUCAUGACGAACAAACUCUCAGAAACCUUUCUACAGAUCUACCAAUAUGUGCCCAAGGACCAGCGCCUCCAAGCUAUCAAGGCCGCCAUUAUGCUUCUUCCUGAUGAGAACCGGGAGGUUCUCCAGACGCUUCUCUACUUCUUGAGUGACGUCACGGCAGCUGUAAAAGAAAACCAGAUGACUCCCACCAACUUGGCCGUGUGCUUGGCCCCUUCUCUCUUCCACCUCAACACUCUGAAGAGAGAGAAUUCUUCCCCAAGGGUAAUGCAAAGAAAACAGAGUUUGGGUAAACCAGAUCAGAAAGAUUUGAAUGAAAACCUAGCUGCCACUCAAGGAUUGGCCCACAUGAUUGCUGAGUGUAAGAAGCUCUUCCAGGUUCCUGAAGAAAUGAGCCGAUGCCGUAAUUCCUACACUGAGCAAGAGCUGAAACCCCUCACACUAGAGGCAUUAGGACACCUGAAUAAUGAUGAAUCUGCUGACUACAAACACUUCCUCCAGGACUGUGUGGAUGGCCUGUUUAAGGAGGUCAAAGAGAAGUUCAAAGGCUGGGUCAGCUACUCUACUUCUGAACAGGCAGAGCUGUCAUAUAAAAAGGUGAGUGAAGGCCCUCCUCUAAGGCUGUGGAGAUCAACCAUUGAAGUCCCUGCUACACCUGAGGAAAUCUUGAAGCGCCUACUGAAAGAACAGCACCUUUGGGAUGUGGACUUGUUGGAUUCCAAAGUGAUCGAAAUACUGGACAGCCAGACUGAAAUUUACCAGUAUGUUCAGAAUAGCAUGGCACCCCACCCUGCUCGGGACUUUGUUGUGUUGAGGACCUGGAGAACUAAUUUACCCAAGGGAGCCUGUGCCCUCUUACUCACCUCUGUGGACCAUGACCGAGCACCCGUGGCUGGAGUCAGGGUUAAUGUGCUCCUGUCCAGAUACUUGAUUGAACCCUGCGGGUCAGGAAAAUCCAAACUCACCUACAUGUGCAGAGCUGAUUUAAGGGGCCACAUGCCAGAGUGGUACACAAAAUCUUUUGGACACUUGUGCGCAGCUGAAGUAGUGAAGAUCCGAGACUCCUUCAGUAAUCAGAACACUGAAACCAGGGACACCGAAUCCAGGUGAAAUGAAGCCACUGUGCCCAGCAGCCACGUGACUAUUUCUAGAACUUUGCCAGACCAUGAAAGAAUCCAUCUGUGUUGGAUCCUAAAACAAGUACAAGUUGGAGUAUAGACAUUGACUCGAGCAAUUUGUUACAUUUUUAAAGCUGCUUCCUGUUUGUUUAAGGUCUAUAUUACAGACCUUGACUGGAAUAUAUAAGACUGCAAAGAAAAAAGUACUUGUAUGCUUACUCAACUUGCUUCUAAGAAGCAAAGUUCUUUAAAUCCAUUGUGGAAGAUAAUGAAGAGACCUCAUUCUCUUGUGAUGUCAGCAUAUUGUUCUGUGUCAUUUAUUUGCAGUGUGUUUGAGGGACUGGUGUAUCCACUGGAAUAGUUGGUACUCGUGACAGGUUUUCUCACUGAGAUGAGCAAAGAAAGGUUUGCACAGAGGAGUGUGAAUGUGUGUUUGUCGCUGGCUGAAUGGCACGGAUGUAGAGAUAGGAUUCAGUGUCUGGCACACUGCAAUGCUCCAAGAAAGAUGCUGAUGCGCCAGGUUCACCUUGACCUGGAAGAGCUGACUGCCCACACAUCCUCCCAGAAAGAGAGCCCAACCCCCUUCUGCACUUGUUUCCCCCCCAGUUCUUAAACAUUUCUUCUCUACUUUAAAAGUCCUUUGAUUGCUCUGUCACUCAUUUUAAUGCAGUUUGGUUUUACACCUAACUGUAAGUUGUGAUAAUUGCUUUAACCAAUAAGGGUAGUUCAGGAAAAUAAAAACAAAACAUCCCCUUCCCAUCCCUCUUGCUGGCUUCAAAGAAAGGAUUUUGCUUCGUUUUAAGUGAAACGUAAAAACUGAACACUAGCACUCCUGAAUGAAACAAAACACUUUUUUCUUUCUUUUUUACACUACGAAUUGGACCCAGAGCCUUGCACAUGCUAGGCAAGCACUCUUAUCACUGAACUUUACCCCUAACUCUCUUUUUCUGUUUUAGUUUUAGAGACAAGGUCUCACCAAGUUGCCCAGCCUGGCCUUGGACUCACUGUAUUCCAGGUAGGCUUUGGGCUUGGGCUCCUCCUGCAUCUUUCCAAGUAGCUGAGAUUAAUAGGCCCAGCUCAUCAAAGCAUUUCAGUUGUUACAAUUUAGUGUUUCCAUGUUUGCAACAUAAACUCAUAUACAUGAGGACACAGGAAACCAUGUAUGUCUCAAGAAAACAUAACCCAGGUCUACAAAAGUUUUUUUUUUAUUUUUAUUUUUUUGGUUUUUUUUUUUUUUUGGUUUUUUUUUUCUUGGUUGUUGCUAACAGUAUUCCUGAAACUUCAUACAUGCUUAUUUUAACUGGGCUUGUCGUUAUGCACAAACAGGUUUUUACUUGGUUUAGUAACUUUCUUUUUUCUCCAUUUCUUUUUCUUCUCUCUUAUAAUGCCCUUGAAAUAUAUUUUAAUAGCAAUGAAACAUGGUAAUCAUAGUGGAAAGCAAACCAGGUUUUUGGAAGGGUGGUCUUUUUACAGGUUUUACUGUAAUGGUAAAGAUUGAUUCAAGAGACAGUAUUAGUAAAUUUAUUUUGUAUGGUUAAAAGGUGAAUAAUGUAUGAAAGUUGAAGAAGGACUUUUAUUUUGUUAUAGUUUAGUUACCAUUGUCAGUAUUAUUUCAAAGGUUCUUUGAAGAAUUUGGGGGGAUCAGAGUAGAGUUUUAACAUUUGAGUAUUUUGGAUAUCAGUGUUCCUUGUGAAGAUAUUCGUGUAUAUUCAAUUUUGUUGGCUUCCAGAUUUGUAAAAUUGUAUGCUGUAUAUAGCAUUCUGUUGAGAAAUAUGUACACAUGACUGUCCACUGAGCUUUCAGACAUAGAUAAAGCAUGAUAAAGAUUAUUAUUUAAAGUAUACUUGUAUUUAUACCUCAGAUACUCUUUUGGGUUUUGUACCUCAAGGCUCCGCCCCCCCCCAUUGUAAAUACACUUUACAUGAGUACAGUCUAAAUGAAAAAUAAAUAAAAAGAGGUUUAUAAUUUUCUCUAUAUCUGUACAGAGUAUAACCAGUGAGUGCACUAUUAAAUGUUUAAAGGAAGGGAAAAUGUCUGGUCUGCUUUCCUUGGUAUUGUAUCUUCCUUUGCUCUUAGAAGCAAGCACAGGUUCAAAGAUACCAACCUCAGUGCCAAUCCAUGUCAGAAGAUUCAUUGGCUGACAGAGAAAUCAAACAGCAGAUCAUUCCAAGGCCAAGCCACAACUAAGCCACUCACAAGCAGGAAACCCUGGUGAAGGUUCAGGAAGCAUGGAGACUCUCCACACAUAGGUUCAGACAGGAAACAAUACAGAGAAAGUUACUAGAAUAAGCAGCAACAGACAAAUGCUUACAAACAAGGUGCAGAUCACUCAGUUCCACAGACUGCUUCUACACAUUGAGCUGCUCUAUUAAAAGGUUCCAUAUACCUGAUGAGAGAAGUUGUCAAAGAAUGUGAACAUUUUCAAGAACUCUGCUUACACCACCUAAAGUGAUACCAGCAUGUCUUAUUCUUGACCAGUUGCCUAGAUUGUAAGCUCUUCGAGGGCAGGCAGAUCUCCUGCACAUCUUUAUGAUCCUCUACAGCAGCUUUCAGUGUUUUGUACUUGUAGGGCCCUAAUAAAUUUAUUAUUUGCUAAAGCA